AUGAAUUUUAAUGAAAUUCAGCUGAAGACUCUUUUAAGACGGAACAUUGGUUCAUAUGUAUCUGAUGUGAAUGUUCAAAAAAACAUGCAGUUGCUAUUGAGAACAAUAUUUACUGCCUGCCCAAGAGGAUCCAUGGUGCUCAAUAAGUAUGAAUCAUUGAAUACACUGUCAUACAAUACAUUUAUGGUCAUGGUGCUGCGAAAUCUUAAAGCUAUGCCAAAGUACUCAGAGGUAAAAGUAGAAGAGGCAGUGAGCUUAGCAAUCAUUGAAACUAAAGGAUUAAUGGGGGAGCUUGAGAAGAUAGCAAGCAGAAUGACAACAAACGAUGCUAGAAACACCUUCUAUCAUAUGAUGAAUAAAAAUCAUCUGGCUGUUAUGUUACUGCAUUCUGAGCUAAAUGAGUACAUACUGACAGAUCUCAAGCAGGCAAUGCAGGCCCACUUUGAUCAGAAUAAACAAGCUGUCACAUAUACUGCAGAGAAUAUGUUUGAGCUAACACAUUCUGGAAGAGAGAUGAUAAUAGAGAGAGCAAUGGUGUUGCUACAGAAGCAUGGUGGCCAGCUAUCUAAGUAUGACGAAAAAGGUGAAGUUAUGUCAAAUCUAAACGCACUUGGAUUGGACUACUGCAAUGACAUUUUGUCACUGCACAAGCUUGUAAAUGGCCCUUAUAAAAACUUGAAUGCUCUAUUUACCAUGAUGGACUUCUUGACUGUUAUUAAAAAGACAAUAGAGCCGCCUCAUACGCCAAUGCCACUCUUAUACAAUAUUUUCUUUUUCUUAUCCCCAAAAUACAACAAAAAUACUACUCCACCACUUAGCCAAGUAUUUGAGGCCAUUUUGAAUAGCGCGCAGAAAAAAGAGAACUUUUUGACUCUUAGAGAACAGGUAGCUAAAUUUAAGCUUCUUGUAUCUCCUGAUCUGCUAAAUAAACAUAUUCUGGGUAGAUUAGUUUCGUAUAGUGAUUACAUUCGAAUCAACAUACAUACGAUAUAUGCAAAUCUUACUAUGUCAGAACUGCCUGCUCUCCCCACCAAAAAAGGAAAAAAAGAAGUCGUGAAGAAAGAGAAGAUGAAGAAAGAAAAGGAAAAUGAACAUAUAAGUUAUUUACCAGCUGAUUCAAUGGACUCUAAAACACAACAAAAGUCAAAUAAUGCUCCUCCAAGACCCAUGACCCAAAUGGAAGUUCUUGAAUUGCAAAAGCGCACUCCAUCUAAAAUAGAUCUUGUAGUGGGAGUUAUUAUAGUCACAGGUUUGGUUAUAUUGAGUGCAUACAUAGUAACUAAAGCAGUGGUAAAGGGUGUGCAAAUUUUAUAUUAA